UUGAUGUUCAAUCGUCUACACUCUACCAAAGGGCAAAGGGAACGUGGAAAAGCAUGAUUGCUUUGCUCGCCCAGCAAUGCGGUAGAUAGAUUUCCGUCGGUGGAAACCUACACCCCAAGUAACUGUACCACUCCAAAUCAACACUCCAGAGCAAAUAAACACUCAAAGCAACGCAAACUCAAACUCCUUUCCUUUGAGCAUGAUUCAGCUACUCUACUCUGUGAUAAUGCUUCAGGUGGGUUUCAUAAUCACCCUGCUCUUCAAGACCCCUUUCAGAAAGCUCCUAAUAAUGGCGUUGGAUCGGGUCAAGCGAGGAAGGGGCCCCGUCGUCCUCACGACCGUCGCCGCCACUCUCAUGGUGGUGCUUGCAUCCACCCUUUACAGCAUGCUCAAGAUCCAGCGCCGCACCAUCGACGCUGCUGCCCUCAAUCCCACCGACCAGGUUCUUAUGUCCAAGCAUAUGCUUGAAGCUUCUCUCAUGGGUUUCAUGUUAUUCCUUGCACUGAUGAUUGAUAGAUUGCACCAUUACAUAAGAGAACUUAGGUUCCUCAGGAAAAGCAUGGAAACUGUGAAAAAACAAAGCCAAGGCUACGAGGACAGGAAAAACGCAGGGGAGCUUAAAGCCUUGGGGGAAGAGACUGUUAUAUUGAAGACCAAGAGCAAGAAGUUGGAAUCUGAAUGGGAGACUAAAUCGAAGGAGGUCGAGGCUGCACAAGCUGAAGCAGAGGCGCUUAGGAAACAAUCUGAAGGAUUGCUUUUAGAGUAUGAUCGUUUGCUGGAGGAAAAUCAGAAUCUUCAAAAUCAGUUGGAGUCAAUUGAGCAAAGUUUGUCAGAAGCGGGGGCAAUGAAGAACAUGUAAAUUGCUCUUUAAUGAGGAUGUUAGAGAUUUUAGUGGGCAGAGGCGGUGCACCUGGCGGUGGUUAUCAUUAGAUAUAAAAAGAAAUAAUAUGAAACCAAGAAAGCUUUGUGCCGCAAUAAAUGGGAUAUUUAAGGCUUGGAAAAAGCCCAAUACCCUACCAAACUGACUUAACAUCCAAAAAAAUUAAUAAUAAAGAUGUAGUAGUAAAUACUAACAUUUUGUGUUGUAAAAGAAAACAUAGGCGCUGGGGCUCUAAAGCCGGCCUAGCAGUGGCGGUCUUACCCAAGUACCGUGGGUCGCGAUUAUUGGAAUGACAAUUUAUUAAUGAACAAGAUAAGCGUAAGUGAGUCACUAUUGAA